AACGAGCACUGUGGACCUCCACUGUUGGGGAGACCACGAGAGAAAAGAAUCACAGAGAGAAAAUGGGGAGACAGUCUGCCAUGGUGGUGGUGGUGCUUCUGCUGGUGACGAUCGAGUGUGUGGUGGGGGUGCAAGACGCUGAGAUACUGCAUGACCCCAAGCUCAGGGAGAGGGCAAGGCGAAACAAUAUCAGCUGCCUCCUCGUCUUUGGGGACUCCAGCGUAGACCCAGGAAACAACAAUGUCCUCAACACCACCUUCAAGGGCAACUUCUUGCCCUACGGCAUCGACUUCCUCCACCACCAGCCCACCGGAAGGUUCUGCAAUGGCAGACUCACCACCGACUUCAUAGCUGAGGCCCUCGGCAUCAAGUAUGCAAUACCACCUUUUCUAAAACCUGGACUUCGCAGGGAAGAACUUAUACAUGGCGUCAGUUUUGCAUCUGCUGCGUCUGGAUACGACGACCUCACCGCGAACCUUACCAAUGUCCUGCCGAUAAGGAAGCAGAUUCAAUACCUAAUGCAUUACAUGGUUCAACUGAGACAAUUUGUAGGAGAGCAAAAGGAGAGGGAGACGAUAAAGAAUGCCAUAAUCGUGAUAAGUGCAGGGACUAACGAUUUCAUUCAAAACUACUUCAUUACUCCAGGACGCUCCAAAGAAUUCACAAUCGACCAGUACAUCGACUUCUUGAUCAAGUGCUUGGCGAGGGAUAUCCAGGAGAUGCAUGCCUUGGGAGCAACAAGGUUUGUGGUCGUCGGGGUGCCGCCGCUGGGUUGCAUGCCCCUGGUUCAGGCGUUGCAUGGAAAGAAUGAAUGCGUUGCGGAAAUCAAUCAGGUGGUUGUGAAAUUCAACAACAAGAUCAGGCAAAAAUUGGACACGGCGAAUCUAUGGUUGGGUGCGCAGGCCACAACUACAUAUGUUGACGCCUAUUCCGUCCUUCUAAACGCUAUUGCACAGCCUGCCAAAUAUGGUUUCUCAGUGUCAACAAAGGGUUGCUGUGGAUCAGGUGUGAUAGAGUUUGGUGACACAUGCAAGGGACAGAGUACAUGCAGUGAUCCUUCGAAGUACGUUUUCUGGGAUGCCGUGCAUCCAAGUGAGAGAAUGUAUCAAAUUAUAGCAAUAGAGGCCAUAAAACAGGUCAACAAACAAAUGAUCUAGAAAUUUUUACCUGCAUAUAUGUUAUUGUUCUGGUUUGAUUCACAAGUUUCCACUGAAAUAUGCAAUAAUAUUGGCAAAUGGCAAUGCGGUUUUGCCAAUUUGUAACAUUGCUUGUCUGGAGGUCAAGUCAAGAUCGGUAACAAGAAUCACAUGAAUACUAAGGAAAU